GCCGCUUAUAUUAUCUUACCGCCAUUUUCGCUCCCUGGGACGCUUAUCCCGGUGGCUGCAGAAAUGCUCGCUGAUACGUAGCGGUAUUGAUAGUAUGUCAUUCAUGUGUGAAAUUAUGGUGCCUAAGAAGGAGGAGACUCACCAUGUAUAUUAGACAAAUUAUUAUUCAAGGUUUCAAGAGUUACCGUGAACAGACUGUUAUAGAUCCUUUUGAUCCACGUCACAAUGUAGUUGUUGGUCGGAAUGGCUCUGGCAAAAGCAACUUCUUCUAUGCCAUUCAGUUUGUUCUUAGUGAUGAAUUCAACCACCUCAGGGCAGAGCAGCGCCAGGCCCUUCUCCAUGAGGGUACUGGCCCACGAGUCAUAUCUGCAUUCGUGGAGAUAAUCUUUGACAAUGCAGAUGGCAGGAUACCGAUUGACAAAAAUGAAGUGUGCCUGCGAAGAGUUAUUGGUGCCAAAAAAGAUCAGUAUUUUCUUAACAGAAAAGCUGUAACAAAAUUAGAUGUCAUGAAUUUACUUGAGUCAGCUGGAUUCUCUAGAUCUAAUCCAUACUACAUUGUAAAACAGGGUAAAAUUAAUCAGAUGGCCACAGCCCCUGAUUCACAGAGGCUGAAGUUGUUAAGAGAAGUGGCAGGAACCAGAGUGUAUGAUGAGAGGAGAGAAGAAUCCAAAGUAAUUCUCAAAGAAACACAAAGUAAAAGGGAAAAGAUUGAAGAAUUCCUUCGGACAAUUGAAGAUAGAUUGAAGACAUUGGAAGAGGAGAAAGAAGAGCUGAAGGAAUACCAGAAGUAUGACAAAAUGCGCAGAGCACUUGAAUACACUAUUCAUGACCGUGAGCUGAAAGAAACAAGGAAGAAGCUGGAUGAUAUGGAAAACCAGCGCAAAAAUUCUGGUGCUGAGCAGGAGCAGUUAAGACAACAACUUCAGAAAGCUCAAGAAUCAAUCAAAACCCAGUCCAAAGAAAUGAAAGAAAUAAAGUCUAAAUUAUCACAAGUCAAAGAAGAGAGAGACACAUUCAACAUGGAACAGCAGCAGCUAUUAAAGGAAAAGACAAAGCUGGAAUUUACAAUUAAGGAUCUAGCAGAUGAAGUACAAGGUGACAACAAAUCAAAGGAAAGGGCAGAGAAAGAACUCCAAAAAUUGCGAGCCACUAUUGCCCAAAAAGAAGCAGAACUGGAAGCCAUUAGACCAAAGUAUGAGGAGAACAAAGCAAGAGAGGAAGAAGCUCAGCAUGAGCUGUCCUUGAAAGACCAGAAACGGAAGGAGCUGUACGCCAAGCAGGGCAGAGGCAGUCAGUUCACCUCUAAAGAGCAGCGAGAUCAGUGGAUCCAAAAGGAAUUAAGAUCGAUAGAACGCGCGAUGGGUGAAAAAAAGGACCAAAUCAGACGCCUUGAUGAGGAGAUAAAUCGAGAUGGGGAUCGGAACAAAGAAUUAGAGAAACGCUUACAGGAGUUAUCUACAGAUACAGAGAACUACAGACAGAGUAUUGAUGAGCACAACAAAGUCUUUUAUGAAAUGAAGAAAAGAAAAGACCAGUUACAGAGUGAACGGAAUGAGCACUGGCGAAAAGAGAACAACCUUCAGCAGAAUGUGAGCUCCUUGAAGGAAGAACUGUCGAGAGCUGAUCAGUCCCUUCGGUCUAUGGCAGGGAAGCCAAUUCUGAAUGGUCGUGAUAGUGUGCAGAAAGUGCUUGACACAUUUAGAGAACGUGGUGGUCAUCUUGGGGAAAUUGCUGAGCAAUAUUAUGGUCUCCUUAUUGAAAAUUUUGAGUGUGAGAGAUCUAUCUAUACGGCUGUGGAAGUGACAGCUGGCAACAAGCUGUUCCAUCACAUUGUGGAAUCUGACAAGAUUGGUACACAAAUCUUGAAGGAAAUGAACAAGCAAAAACUGCCCGGUGAAGUAACGUUCAUGCCUCUCAACCGCCUUACUGUCAAGGAUAUUGACUAUCCACAAACAAAUGAUGCCAUCCCUAUGGUCAGUAAACUUACCUAUUCAGACCGGUACCACAAGGCCCUGAAGUACAUUUUUGGACGAACAUUGAUCUGUCGUAAUCUUGAGGUUGCUACACAUCUAGCUCGGUCCACUCGCCUUGAUUGUGUCACACUGGAUGGUGAUCAGGUAUCUAGUAAAGGAUCUCUUACUGGAGGUUACUUUAACACUUCAAGAUCAAGAUUAGAAAUACAGAAGACCAGAUCUGAACUUCGAGACCAAAUUACUUCAGCUGAGACGGAGCUCAGAACUUUACAAGAAACACUCAGAAAUACUGAACAAGAAAUAAAUAAAAUUGUAUCUGAAAUGCAGAAAACUGAGAUAAAAAAUAGUAAAGCCAAAAAUUUGUUUGAAAAGGUGAAAACUGACAUUCGAUUAAUGAAAGAAGAACAGUCUGGAUUAGAGCGCACAAAGCAACCUAAGGAGAGGUCCCUGACUCAGUUGAAGGCCAGCUUGGAAGCUAUGAUGGCCACCAAGGAAGGAUUGGAGUCUGAACUUCAUCAAGAUCUUAUGGCAACCCUUAGUGUUCAGGACCAACAUGAAGUAGACCAGUUAAAUGAUGAUAUCAGACGACUUACUCAAGAUAACAAGGAAGCCUUCACUAGGCGGAUGAAACUUGAGGCUGACAAGAAUAAGCUUGAGAACCUUCUCACAAAUAAUCUUCACAGAAGAAAAGAUGAACUCAUGCAGGCUUUGCAAGAAAUCUCCGUGGAAGACCGAAAACGCCAGCUAGAGCAUAGCCAAAGUGAAAUCCAGCGAGUGGAUUCACGAAUAGAGGAGGUAGCUGUACAGUACAAAGAAGUGGAGAAGAAAGUCACUGAACUACAAAAGAAGGAAAAGAGCUUGAAAGUUGAACUUGAGAAGGUCAAGUCAAGAGAAAAAGAAGUUAUGGAACGAAUGGAGGAAGAUGCCAAAGAUUUGGAGAAGAUGGCUUCAAAACAAACUCUUCUUCAUCAGAAAAUUGAGGAGUGUUCUAAGAAAAUUCGUGACCUUGGAUCUUUACCUUCUGAGGCUUUUGAUAAAUAUCAGAAUCUUCCCACCAAACAACUCUUCAAGAAACUAGAAAAUGCAAACAUGGAGCUCAAAAAGUACUCUCAUGUAAACAAGAAAGCAUUGGACCAGUUCAUCUCAUUUUCUGAACAAAAGGAAAAAUUAGUGAUGAGGAAAGAGGAAUUAGACAGAGGGUAUGACAAAAUCAAAGAGCUCAUGAAUGUCCUUGAACAUCGGAAGUAUGAGGCCAUCCAGUUUACCUUCAAACAAGUAUCCAAAUACUUCAGUGAGGUAUUCAAGAAGCUUGCACCACAGGGACAUGCUCAGCUGGUUAUGAAAUCAGACAAUGAGGAUGAAAGUGAGCAAGAAGAGCAAGGAACUGUGGACAACUUCACUGGUGUUGGCAUCCGUGUUUCAUUCACGGGAAGGAAUGCUGAAAUGAGAGAAAUGAACCAGCUGUCUGGUGGACAAAAGUCUCUUGUUGCUCUUGCUCUCAUUUUUGCCAUUCAGAAAUGUGAUCCAGCUCCAUUCUAUCUCUUUGAUGAAAUUGAUCAGGCUCUUGAUGCUCAACACAGGAAGGCUGUGGCUGACAUGAUCCAUGAACUGAGUAAGGAUGCUCAGUUCAUCACCACAACUUUCAGGCCAGAGCUUCUGGAACAUGCAAACAAGUUCUAUGGUGUAAAGUUUAGGAAUAAAGUGUCUCAUGUUGAAUGUGUGUCACGAGAAGAGGCUUAUGAUUUUGUUGAAGAUGACCAAACUCAUGGUUGAAUAUAUAUAUAUAUAUAUAUAUAUAUAUAUAUAUAUAUAUAUAUAUAUAUAUAUAUAUAUAUAUAUAUAUAUAUAUAUAUAUAUAUAUAUAUAUAUAUGAUACAGUCAGGGCUAGUCUUCUAAGAAAUAUGAAGGCUUCUUACUUUUUUUUUUUUUUUCCAUUGCAUUAUGGUAGGUGAAAUUAGAUAUUCUUUUAUACCUGUGUAUAUCUGAUGGAGAUAAAUGCUUCCAGUGUAAAAUUGUAAAUAUUUUUGAAAAUUUUGCAUAUAAUUUUUUUUUCUAGGACUGUGGUUUGUACAAAGAAAUUAAACCCAGAGAAAUAUGUGGCUUAUUUUUUUUAAUGAGCAUAAAUUGAGAGGGACCUGAGGUAACAUAGAUUUUAUAUACAUAGGAGAAUGAAGCACUUAUAUAUUGUGUUGUUGGUAUAUAUGGAAAGAAACAUAUUUUGAUCAGAAUUGUUUGGAAUUUAGUUGUUUUUAAGGCAAGCAUAAUGUGCAUUGUAUUCUCAUUUUAGUUCUCAAAGUAUGGAAGGAAUUGAAUCUUUAUAUAGGUGCUCUCUUAUUUUUUAAUAAAGGACCAAACACGU